AUGAAGACUGCCAGUGUGUUGCUGGUCUUUGCUCUGGCCCUUUGCUGCAUCCCAGAUACUGAUGCCCAGCAGGACUACUGUGGCAACCAAGUGGUGCCGAAUCCUGUCUGUACGAUGGAGUACUACCCACACUGCGGGUCCGAUGGCAGAACAUACGAUACUGUUAUUGCUCAACAACGGGCCUCCUGCAGCGUGUACCGGUUGGCUGGAAACAUGGAGCUUGCCUGUCCCCGCAACUACGAACCUGUCUGCGGGACCAACAGCGUGACCUACCCUAACGAGUGCUCCCUCUGCAGAGAAUUCCUCCGUAACCGAGCCAUCGACAAGAAGCACGAUGGGAGAUGUGUUAAGCUCGACUGUACUGGCCACCUGAGAUCAAGGAGUGGUCAUGUGAGCCCCUGCACCCUGGAGUACAGGCCCAUCUGUGGCACCAACGGGAUUACCUACACAAACAAGUGCAAUUUCUGCAAUGCUGUGGCGAAUGGACUGGACUUAAACCUGCGCCACCAGGGAGAAUGCUUCCAGGAGAUUGACUGCAGCAACCAAAAGGGUAGCAAUCUCAUCUGCACCGCUGACUAUAAGCCCCUUUGCGGCUCCGAUGGCAAAACUUAUGGAAACAAGUGCCAGUUCUGCAAUGCGGUUUCGAUGAGCCAGGGAACUCUGUGGCUCAAACACCGUGGCGAAUGCUGA